AUGGAUGCACCGUCUGCAGUGUUUGUAGAGAAACAUGAAGCCGCUUCAGUGCUGCGCAGAUGGAGGAGAGCGAACAGCGGUUUCCUGGAGGAGCUGAAGCAGGGGAACCUGGAGAGGGAAUGCAUCGAGGAGAUCUGCAACUACGAGGAGGCGCGGGAAGUCUUCGAGGACGACCAGCAGACGAAUAAAAACACUCACAAACUCUUUCYUCAACCUUCGUURAUUUGGACCCUACAAUUAUUCCAAUCUGUUCCGUCAGAAAAGGACCCCUGUCUGGUGAACCCGUGCCUUAACAACGGGACGUGUAUCUACAUGGGAGCCACCUAUGAAUGCCAGUGUCCGGAGGGAUAUGAGGGACGGUACUGUCAGACAGUCUUUGAAGACACGCUGGGUUGCCUAUACCAGAAUGGACACUGUGAGCAUUUCUGUGACGGUUCUGGAGAGAGGCGUAAAUGUUUCUGCGCUGACGGCUACCAGCUGGCAGACGAUGGAAAGAAAUGCGUCUCUAAAGUGGCGUUCCCCUGCGGACGGGUGGCCUCUUCAGUCACCCGACUCAACCAGACCAUGCAGGAUCAGGUCAGGCAGGUGGGAGCUAACCACUGUAACCAUGGAGACUGCCCCUGGCAGRUUCUGAUUAAGCUGAAUGGAAGCAGCCACUGUGGCGGAGUUCUGGUCCGACCGGACUGGGUCAUCACCGCGGCCCACUGCGUUCAUGGGAAGAGCCUCCAGCAGCUCACUGUGGUGGCAGGUGAAAACGAUCUGGAUCUGAAAGGUGACACAGAGCAAACAUUUGACGCUAAUGUGGCGAUUCCUCAUGACAACUACAAC